AUGUCACCAAUAACCUACCCACUUCUCAUCAACAAUAAGGCUCACUCCACCUCGAGUUCCUUCGCCGUCUCUUCGCCAGCGACAGGAGAAGUCCUACACAACUUCUCAUCUGCCUCCACAUCCGACAUUGAUCUUGCUCUUCAAGCCGCCCAGUCCUCCUUUCCAGCAUGGAAGCGACUACCCCCACCAAAGAAGCGCGACAUCUUCCUCCGCGCCGCUGAUUUAUUGAGUUCCAGGACCGAGGACAUGAAGAAGGCAAUGGUGCAGGAAACUGGGGCUGCGGACGCGUGGGCGGCAUUUAAUUUGAAUCUCACAGCCGACAUGCUCCGUGAUGUCGCAGGGAGGAUAUCAAGUAUUCAAGGUUCCAUCCCCACCACCGCCCAGGAAGGUGUGUCCGCUCUCGUCCUCAAAGAACCUUACGGCGUGACCCUCGCCAUUGCUCCCUGGAACGCGCCUUACAUCCUCGGCAUGCGCUCAAUGCUCUACCCAUUGGCAGCAGGAAACACCGUCAUCUUGAAAGCCACAGAAUCGAGUCCCCUCUGCUCAACUCACUUGGUCCAAUUGCUGCACGAUGCAGGUCUUCCAGCUGGCGUAUUGAACCUCGUUGCGCAUCGGGUCGAGGAUGCGGCGAGCAUCACGAAGUAUUUGAUUGAGAGUCCUGUGAUCAAGAAGAUCAAUUUCACGGGCUCGACGGGCGUGGGUCGUAUUAUUGCUGAGCUGGCAGGGAGAAAUCUUAAGCCUGUUCUUUUGGAACUUGGUGGCAAAGCACCAGCUAUUGUUUGCGACGAUGCGGAUUUGGAACUCGCAGCCAAGGAGUGUGCUGUUGGUGCAUUCUUGCAUGCCGGUCAGAUCUGUAUGAGUACGGAGCGGGUCAUUGUCUUUGAGAAGGUUCUUGGGGAGUUCGAAACUGCAUUCAAGAAAGCUGUUGCAGGGUUCUCGCCAGAGGGAGGACCCAGGCCGGUCUUGAUCAAUGCGGUCGGCGUGCAGAAAAACACGAAAAUGUUAGACGAUGCUAUUAGCAAAGGAGCUAGAGUUCUUCAUGGAGACCCGAAGAAUGGCAAGGACGCAACGAUGACGCCUGUGGUGGUUGUGGGAACGAAGAAGGAUAUGGAUCUUUAUUACACCGAGAGCUUCGGUCCAACGGUCAGUGUAAUACCUGUGAAGAGUGAGGAGGAGGCAUUGGAAUUGGCGAACGAUACCGAAUAUGGACUCAGCUCUGCUGUCUUCACAAAGGAUUUAGGGAAGGCGUUGAGAAUUGCGAAGGGCAUUGAGAGCGGAGCAGUCCAUAUCAAUGGAAUGACGGUUCAUGACGAAACUGCCUUGCCGCAUGGUGGUGUCAAAGCGAGCGGUUAUGGCCGCUUUGGAGCCACUGGACUGGAGGAAUGGGUGCGAACCAAAACCGUGACAUUUGUUGACUGA